AUGAGUUCACAUGCAGAGCGAACACUAGAUCCCAGCCUUUUCCAGCUCUCGGAUCAAGAGAAAGAAUGGGCCUUGGAAAUCAAGCAGGCCAUAGAAGACUUGCCUGACUUGGAUGUUCUCUCGGAUUUCAUGUGUGUCAAUUUGGCCAUUGCUGGCAAGGGAAGCGUUGAUUGGGCCCUGGAUCGAGCCUACAAAAUGCAGGAAACCCGGAAGGAGUACAACAUCGCCUUGACGUAUGAAGAGGGCAAACGCGCUCUCCAAAAAUUGGCCGAGAAUAUUCCAUGCGGGCUAUUAUCCUAUGAUUUUGACCUGCACACUGGUAAGUGUACCUUGGUGCUUCAUUUUGCCGAGUCCAUCAAAGCCAGCAUGAGGGAUCCCCGAAAGGCUGACGAAAUCUGUCGUGGUGUGCACUAUUUGUGUUACUCCACAUUUCCCAGUUUGGAAAGUGUGAGAGUGGGCAAUCUGCACAUUUUUGAGUGCGAGGGAUGGGAUAUGCGAAUGGCACGAGUAGAAAACAUUGCCAAGAUUACCAACUCUGGUCAUGAUUGUUUCCCCUCAAAUGUGAUCACCCACUUCUAUCACACUUCCAGCAUGACAAACGUUGUGCUUGCAAUGGUCAAGAAACUGGUCUCUAAGGAUGUUGCUUGCAAGUGGAAAUUUGGAUUGAAGUUUUACGCGGCGGGGGCCACAACACUAUGCUCCUUGUAUGUUUGA